AUGAAUCGUUCACCGGUCCCUUCGUCUUUUGACGAGAGCCCCCACGAGUCUGCGCGGUCGCGCAAUGCCUUUUGGACUGGGAUCGUUCCGCUUGAAGAUGAAGAGCUAAUCCCGAUCCCUUUCGAUAGCCAAUUCAAGGAGGAGAGCGGUGCACAGAAGUUUACCCGACGUCUAAAGGAAGAGCCACUGAUCCCCUUAGGAUGCGCCGCAACAUGCUACGCCCUCUACCGUGCCUACCGAUCGAUGCGAGCCGGCGACUCUGCGGAAAUGAACCGCAUGUUCCGUGCGCGUAUCUACGCUCAGGCUUUUACACUUGUCGCUAUCGUCGCGGGUGGAAUGUACUUUAAGACCGAGCGCCAACAGCGCCGCGAAUUCGAACAGGCCGUCGAGGAGCGAAAAGCACAGGAGAAGCGUGAUGCAUGGCUCCGUGAGCUCGAGAUCCGUGACAAGGAGGAUCGGGAAUGGCGUGAGCGUCAUGCAGCUAUCGAGGCAGCGGCCAAGGAAGCUGCUGGACAGAGGCCUUCUUCCAGCGAACCCGACGCUGCUCGGUCAGCGAUCGAGCCUGCGGAUCAAAAGUCAAUCGGUGUGAUGGAUGCUGUGCGAGCUCUGCUCUCGAAGAAGGACUAG